AUGCAGUUGCCGCCCGCGGUGCACGCCCGCCUGGCGGCGGGGCCCGGGGCGGCUGAGCCGCUGCCCGUGGAGCGAGACCCCGCGGCCGGGGCCGCGCCUUUCCGCUUUGCGGCGCGUCUGGUACGCUUCCCGCGGGAGCAUGAGUUUUUCGAGGAAGGGGACGUGCAGCGGCACCUCUACCUCCAGGACGUGCUUACGGGGGUGGCCGGGGUUCCCGAGAGGCCCAGGGUGCCUGAGUUUACCUGUCAGGUGGCAGGCUGCUGCCAGGUAUUCGACAUCCUGGAGGAUUAUGAGCAUCACUACCACACUCUGCACAGAAACGUGUGCUCCUUUUGCAAGCGGGCCUUCCCCUCGGGACAUCUGCUGGACACCCACAUCCUGGAGUGGCACGAUUCCUUGUUCCAGGUCCUGUCUGAGCGGCAGGACAUGUAUCAGUGCUUGGUGGAAGGCUGCACAGAGAAGUUCAAGACCAGCAAAGACAGGAAGGACCACCUGGUGAGACAUCACCUCUACCCUGGGGACUUCCGGUUUGAUAAACCAAAGAAAAGCAAAGGCCUAGCCACUUCCAUGGCUGCCAUGGAAGUGCCGACAGAAGCCAUGGGGGAUGAUGGGGACACCAUGGAAGUCUGCUCUGAACACGUGAUACCACCCCCAGAGCCCAUGGGUGAGAAGCGGACCUACCGCCACAGAGUACCUUCCACCGUCUGUUUUGGUCAAGGUGCGUUGCGAGGAUUUAAAAGCACCAAGAACAGAAAUAAGCACUAGUGACAGCUGAGCCAGAGCGCGGGCCUUUGCCACCCUCAUGUCUCGGUCCUUUGGGGGAUGGCAGGAUGACACCAGCUGCCAGUAUCAGCGGGGAGUGACCACAGAUUCGGCAGUGACUGCUCCCAUCCCCUCCCUCUGUAGGGGCCAUCCUACAAGUGUUCUUUAUAAAGCAUGUAUUUUUUA